AUGCUAUUGCCUGUACUCCUCUGGUUUCAACUUUACAUUGGAACAGCUAUUGCUGCUUCGAUCAAGGGCCGGUUAGAUGUCGGGAUUGCUGAUAUAUCAAACUAUAAGGUAACGAGAACAUAUUUUAAGAUACAGCAAUUUGGGGAGUUCGAUUCUGAAAUUCCUUACCAUGCGGUAAGCCACGUGAAAAACAUUGAUGGCGAUUUUGAAUUCACAAAUUUGCCCUUGAACAGUGGCGUUAAUGCAACUACAAGAUAUGUUAUCUCCCCUGUUUCGAAAGAUUUCAACUUAAAACCCAACAGGGUUCUUCUCGAAUUCACCAACAUGGAGAAUGGGACCGUAUCAACAAAGGCAUAUCAGAAUUAUUUCGGUCGUGAAUAUUAUCCCAGCCCAAAUACAACACAUCCGGAGCCACUGGAACCCUGCGAAGUCGACCCGUAUAUUAGAUUCACGUACAUCAAAAAGGCUCCCGUGAGACAAUAUUUGCAACUAAGGAACGACGGGAUUUUCCAAACAGGAUUUAUUGCUAACAUUAUACACUCUCCCUGGAAACUUGCAUUGGUGUUUAUUGUUUUAGGUAUAAUGCUUUUCCCCAUGUACGUUGAAAACUUCGACCCAGAGACCGUUAAAGCAAUGAAGGAGGAAGCUCAAAGAAAAACGAAGGAAAAAUACCAAAUCAAGGAACAAGGUAAAGUAGAACAUUAG